AUGAGUUUAAAAGUGUACAUUGUUGGUGUUGGGAUGACGAAUUUCGUCAAACCCAAUAAUGCGAAAGAUUAUCCAGAAAUAGGCAAAGAAGCUGUAGAAGAAGCUUUGGCGGACUCCGGUAUCUCUUAUGAUGCAGUGCAACAAGCAGUUUGCGGCUAUGUCUACGGUAAUUCCACUUGUGGCCAGCGGGUGCUUUAUCAGCUUGGUAUGACCGGUAUCCCGAUCUACAACGUCAAUAACCACGGUGCAACUGGUGCCACAGCACUCUAUCUUGCCUAUCAACUUGUCCAAGGUGGUUUAGCUGACAUCGUACUAGCAUUAGGUUUUGAAAAAAUGUCACCAGGCACUCUCCCAGGUACUGCAUAUCCCGACAGAACGUAUCCUUUAGACAAACAUGCUGAUAAAAUGUUAGAAAUGGUACGGAUAGAAAAUGCACCAUUGACUGCUCAAUGUUUUGGUAAUGCUGGUCUUGAACAUAUGAAGAAAUAUGGUACAACAAGGUUGCAUUUUGCUAAGAUAGCAUUUAAAAACCACCAAAAUGGCUCCAGAAAUCCUCGAGCACUUAAUCAAAAAGCCUACACAUUAGAUGAAAUAUUAAAUUCAAAGCAGAUUUUUGGUCCAUUAACAAAAUUACAGUGUUGUGGUAACAGUGAUGGAGCAGCUGCCGCCAUUCUUAUGUCUGAAAAAGCUGUAGCCUAUUAUAAUCUUCAUGAAAAAGCAGUGGAAAUCUCCGGCAUGACUAUGGCAACUGACACUGAAGCCGUUUUUACUGAAAAAAGUUUAAUGAAAGUAACCGGCUAUGAUAUGAGUGCAUUGGCAGCAAAAAAAGUAUAUGCAAAAUCAGGUAUAUCCCCUAAGCAAAUUGAUGUAGUAGAACUCCACGACUGUUUUUCUUGUAAUGAAUUGAUAACAUAUGAAAGCUUACAAUUAUGUGAAGAAGGGAAAGGUGGAGAAUUUGUUGAUGCAGGUGACAAUACAUAUGGAGGCAAGGUUGUGGUGAAUCCAAGUGGUGGAUUAAUAGCUAAGGGCAAUCCAAUUGGAGCGACCGGGCUGGCACAAUGUGCAGAAUUGGUGUGGCAACUAAGGGGAGAAGCAGGAAGAAGACAGGUACCUAAUGCGCGAAUCGGACUGCAACACAAUUUGGGCCUUGGGGGUGCCGUCGUAGUGGCCAUUUACCGCAAAGGCUUCGACAGUGUCGCAUCCAAACAGAUCAGCACUAUCACUGAUAAUCCUGAAAGUUUCAAAGUGUACAAGUAUAUAAAGAUUCUAGAAGAAGUGUUGAAAACUAUGAACGAAGAUCUCAUUGACAAAGUCCGAGGCGUCUACGGAAUAAAAGUGCACAAUGGUCCCAACGGGGCUCAAGGUUAUUGGAUAAUAAAUACUAAAGUGGGCAAAGGAAAGAUCACAUACAAAAGCAAUGAAAAACCUGAGGUGAUUUUAACUGGUAGUGAUCAAGAUAUUGCAGACAUUGUUUCUGGUAAAAUGGAUUGCCAGAAGGCAUACUUGCGAGGUAUUCUCAGUGUUCAAGGCAACAUGACCUUAGCCAAGAAGCUGCAGAAACUACUAGCGGGUACAAUGAAAUUGGUCCGCGCAAAAAUUUAA